AUGCCUCGGCGCUCCGCCCGCUUGCGUAGCAGUCAGACUCCAGAGGCUCAAGAGUCCACGCCUCAGCCAAGUGCCGUCCCACUUGAAUCCGUCCAGGAACGCGACGAAACACCCGCCAAUGAUCAACAUGUUGUUCGCACGCCAGUAACGAAGAAGCAAGGCUCUCAGAAAACCCCAAUUGUUUCCCUUCGCCGAACAGAAGCGAUAACACCAACAACUGGCUCCGCUCCUCGCCCGCCCCGAGAGGAAAUGCAUCCCAGCAAGGCUCAUCAAAGCACCACGAAACAGGUCGACUCGGGCUUGGUUUUAGGCUUUAACCCCAUCAAGAAAGAUGCCAAUGGUAAUCCGGUGAAGGAAAGCAUGGCCGACUAUACGCCUACCAAAUCAAAAGCAUCUCCGGCUCCGAGUCACUUUGGCACCCCCGGAUACGAGUUCAAGUUCGGCCAGGACGCUCAGCUCAGCGAUGAGGCAAAACAGCUGAUGGAACGCGUUCGAGGCGAAGCUGCCCACAUCAGGGCACAGAUGAUAAUUGAUAAAUCGAAGCACGCUGAGCAGGAGGAUACCGGGGCUGAGCACAAACAGGGAGACCGGAAAUUUGCGAUGCCGAAGGGAAGGGCCGGACGUUUCAGCGAUGUGCACAUGGCAGAGUUCAAGAAGAUGGAUUCGAUUGCCAAUCAUGCAUCAUCCUUCCGGGCGGCCCCUAGCCGCUUCCAACCCGUCACCAAAUCUCUGAAGCGGACCAAGUCCAAGGCACAACUGGAUGAGACCGAGUCCAACCCGUCUCCCUCACGAUCCCCCGCGAAGCCACCCACUGUCGCUUCGCCUGCUCCUGUCAACAAGCGUGCAAAGCAUAACCCUGCAAAUGAUGCAUCUUCUGGUCGCUCUCAAGCCAAUACUACUCAAACUGAGCAAGAGAAGACCGCUCACAAGCCUGCUGGCUCGCGCCCCCGAUCGAUGAUUCGCAGCUCCCUUAUGACCCCAACUCGAGCCUCCAUGGCACGCACCACAUCUGCCAGUCUCAAGGCGCCCAAGACUACUCUCAUUCCCUCCCUUGCUCGCUCGCCCGAUACCAGAGCGUUGGCAUCCCCACGAACUCCGCGCACUGAUUUCAACCCACGCUUCAAGAGCAGCUUGCCGACAUUGGGAAAUCUCAAGUCUAUUCUCCGUCGACGACAGCCGCUCUUCUCUCGUGAUCCAUCCAAGAUCGCGGCUGGUACUCACACUGCUGCUCCUGACUUCAACCCUAACUCACUCUUUGCCACAAAGGGCGGCGAUGUUACAGACUCUGCCCCGACUCCAUCGCCGAAAAAGCACGUGGAAUUUACUCCGAGUGUCAAGUCUCGCCAUCAGCUCGCUGAAGCGUCGCCAUCUCGAUCUAAGAUCCCGACCACUCCUUCGCGUUCAAACCUAUCGGAUAUCGUCUACCCAACUCUGCCCACCCUUACCCCGGAGGCGAAAGCAGCCACCGAACCCUCCGAUGAUAAUUCUGCUUUGUCGCCAAGCAUCCGCCAUGUCCGCAAGUCGAACGCAAACGAAAAGGACAACGCCUAUCCAGAACUUCCAGUCGUCACACAUGGAAUUGCGCACGGAAUUGGUAACAAGAAGCGACACCGCGAUGAGGUGGACGAUGACCACUCAAACGGUGCUGAUAAUGCUGAGAAUGUGCCCCCUGCCGAUGCUCAGUUUGAAGAGCGCAGCGCCAAGCGAAUCAAGGCCACACCCAGCCCAGUCAAGAUCCAGCCUGCUAAGACUCCUGUCCGGACUCCUUCCGGCCGUAUGGGUACUCCUGCCAGUGCCAGGCAGAAGUCUCGUAACGUUCUUAGUCUGAGUCGUCUCAACAUGCUCGCCAAGCCAAAGGGACGGGCUUAG